AUGAGUGUUGCACGAGAAUAUCACACAGCAUCCACAUUAGCAAAUGGAUCAGUAUUAGUUACUGGUGGAUAUAACACCGGUAGUAGUUAUCUCAAUAGUGCUGAGUUGUACAAUCCAUUAACAGGCAUUUGGACAACUACAGGAAGCAUGAAUGCCGCACGAUAUCUUCACACAGCAAGCACAUUAGCCAAUGGAUCAGUAUUAGUUACUGGUGGGUAUAACAGCGGUAGUAGUUAUCUCAAUAGUGCUGAGUUGUACAAUCCAUCAAUAGGCACUUGGACAACCACAAGAAGCAUGAGUGCCGCACGAGAAUAUCACAAAGCGUCUACAUUAGCAAAUGGAUCAGUAUUAGUUACUGGUGGCAGCAACAGCGGUGGCGUUCUCAAUUGUGCUGAGCUUUAUUAA